AUGGCUCUACAGCCUUUUACGAACGAGCAGCUGAAUUACUUUAAAUUUGCCUCAAUUGUACUGAAUGAGUUCGCCAUUGCUUUGCGUCAGACGUUCAAAUCCAUGUGGGACAACAGAUUUGGACAUCGUCCCGGGUAUCAACUGUGGGAUAACUCCACGAUAGUAAGAAGUUUGUUUCUCACUGAAGAAGGUGGAAAAAGCAAAGUUCCUACACACAUCUCCUAUGAAGAAUGGGAUUGUACCGCCCUGUUCCAGGCCACCAUCUAUGCAAGGUCCUUCGCCACGCCAGAUAGCAAAGGUCAUUACAAGACACUUGGUGAACUGUACGUAAAACACCAUAAAGUACCUCGUGGAAAGUUCCAUCCAUCUGUUUUGAGUGCAAGUGGAAAUAAAGCCGAAACCUUCGCUCUCGCGAUUGAUCAGCUUCGACUUUUACGAAACUCGCUUUGUCACUCAGACAGGUCAGAGAUUGAUAAACCAACCUUUGACCAAUUUGUGCAGCUCGCUAAAGAAGCAUUCAAAGCUCUUGGUAUCAUGACAGAUCCCGUUGAUGCCAUCGGUGGAUUGACAGAGUCUGACUUUCCCACCAAAGAAGUUCGCAAAUUGGAGGAAAGUCUUCGACAGGAGACCAGAUCAUACAUCGAGUGUCUCGAGGAAGUAAGAUCAGGUGUCGAGUGUUUCGAAGAAGUGAGAUCAGGUGUCGACAAAUUAAUAGCACAGGGGAAUGCUAUGAUAAAAGUUGAAGACCUCGUUUUGCUGGAGAGAAAAAUAGAUGAUUUGAAACUUAAGAUGGAUCAAGAUCAAACAGGUAUAAUCUGAUUGUAAACUUUACAGGAUUUUUAGAUUGAUAACAAUUCUAGGAUGCAAUGUGGCAGAGUCUUAUAAGCACUACUUUGGCACGGAGGACCAAGAGACAACAGCGUUAUUAUUCUGCAGCUGUACUUUAGUAUGAAUAGGUCAACGGGGCAACUUCCAGCUUUGAACAUGUCUUAAAAAUCCUUUCUUCUUCCCUAACAUGACUCUCUUCUAUAAUCGAACCUCGAACAAUCUGUUUUCUUUUAUGUCAAAACAAUUUUUUCAUGAAGUAAACUGCACCCGCGAUAUUUACCAACAUCGUGACUUUUGUAGGAUGUUCCUAAGAUCACAACUUCACGGAAAAAACAAGAAGCCCAUGACUAGAGCUGUAUCCAUAAUACUAGAUUUUUAAUAUUACUGUAAAAUUAACCCUUUUUUGUAAUCGUUAUUUUUCAUUUGCUCUUCAAACUACCGACAUUUAGCUCUUUCAUGAUUGCAUCAAUUUGUUCCUUUUAAGAUUCAAAGCCAUUCCUUCCACCAUCAAAUCUUCCUUCAAGGGUUCCACACUUCACGGGCCGUCAGAGAGAAUGUGAAGACAUCAGCCGUCACUUAACUUCCAAAAGUUCCCGGAUCGUGUCCAUAUGGGGCUCGCCUGGUUUUGGUAAGACGUCUGUGGCAACUGAAGUCGGAUAUCAACUCCAAACUGGUGGACUUCCCGUAUACUUCUUCUCCAUGCGAGGGCUUCUUUCAAAAGCCGAUCUGACUACGCAGCUUCUGAGCUUCUUUAAAAGACACUACACAAAAGAUCAAAUGCCUCAUGGGAUGUCCAUAGAAGACGAACUUGCCCUCUUUCUAAGCGACAUUUCAGGUGAAUUUGUGAUGAUUCUUGACAAUGCCGAUGAAUUACUCGAAAGUGGAGCACCGAAUGUGAAGGAGGAUUUCAUAAACCUUCUGGUAGUCAUUCUUUGUCAAUUCAAAAACUUAACAUUUCUUCUUACCACGAGGCAAUCUCUUGAAUUUAUGAAUGUACAUUUUAAAGGCCAUCAAGCAGUAAGAAUAGGGCCAUUACACGAGUCCUUCUCUCAAACGUUAGUCGGCGGACUACUUCCAAAAGCGACCGCGUCUGACUGCUCGAAUAUUGCAAAAAUAUGCGGGUUCGUACCUUUGGCCAUGAAACUGUUAUGUUCCUCUAUUGCUGAAGAUAAUAUUCAGCCGACUCAAUUUUUGGUUAGCUUCAAGGAAUCUAUAGAAGAUAACCUUUUGGAGCUGUUGGACAAUCCAGAUUAUCCAAGCAAUCUGCGAUUGAAGCUCCUAUUUGAAUCCUCUUUUCAGAGACUCGCUAUAUCAGAGAAAGAAGCGCUGGUAUCACUCAGUGUUCUUUCUGGAGAUUUUAACCACUCGGUUGCUACAGCUGUCAUGGGUGUUAAACCAACUCUGGAGGCCAGAAAAAUCUUGCAUAGGCUUCGGAGAAAAUCCUUCCUCGACUCUAGCUUAAAAUCUGAGUCAUUUUCGAUGCAUAAGUUGAUUCUGUCGUUUGUAAGGGAAAGAGGUCAAGAUGAAAUGAAAGAGGCCAUGCUGAACUCCAAAGCACGUUUGUCUGCAUUUUACGUCUCUCUUUUCGAGCAGCUAAAUCAACAGUUUUUGACAGGACAAUCCAUGCAAGCAUUUAUUGAUUUCUAUGAAGAGAAGCAGAAUAUUGUUCAAAGUCUUAUGGAGAGCUGUUCCGAUCCUAAGACAUGUGACGUUGCAUUUGGUGUCCUGACAAAAGCAGAAAUCUUUCUAGACUCCCUUUUCUGGUGCGAGGGGAAAAUCAUCGACAAAAUUUACGAUCACGCAACCAAAGAAGCUCAGAAGUUUAAAAAGGGAGCGUUCUACAGUCAGUUGCUGGUGUCCUUAGCAUUCACCGAAGUGACUUGGGGGAUAGAUGGAAGAUCGAUGACGCUGCUCUCUAAAGCCGAAGGCCCUUCUUUGUCGGUAGAUGAUAAAAUAAAAAUCCUGUGUUAUGGAGGCAUCUGUCAACUGGUUUCAGGCAAAGUAGACGACGGAGCUCAGAAGUUGCAAGAAGCUCUUUGCUUGAUGAGUGAAAGCCCGGAACAACGAAUUCUCAGCGUAACUGCACUGCAAAUUCUUGUUACUUACUUUCUUUUCAAUAAAAAGAAAGCAACUUCACUGGAGUUUUACACCAAAGCUUUACAUGAAUGCAGAGCAUUAGGAGACACAAGUCUUCUUGUUAUUCCUCCGGUGAAUAACAAAGAUUUGACAAUGAUCGAAGCAGAUAUGCCGGAACCAGAUGUUAUAAGCACUCAACCACUUAGAUUAGAAACUAUCUGUGUUGUUAGCAAAGCAACAGAAUUGUUCUCAGAUUACGAAACAAAGCAAGCAAUAAGCAAAUCUGUGCUAAGGAUGUCGAAUCAAACAAAAACACAGAUCAUCCCACAUUCCAUUGGUUCAUGGACCUUCCAGCGCAACAUCAAUUGGACACUUAAAAAUGUACUGAAUAAUCCCGAGGAGGCAUCAAAGUUGUGCGACACACGGAUCAGUUAUCAUAAAAAGACCUUAAAACAAGGUGGAAAAGUUAACGCAGGAGAUAAAGUUAGACCCAACAAAAAUCUUGAUUUAAAUUUGCAUCAAGAAGAAUUAUAUAAAAGCUUUCUGGACCAAGGCAAAACUCUUCGUCAGAUGAAAAACUAUCCUAAAGCCAUUCAGUUCUUUGAAUAUGCCCUAAACAUCGCAAGAGGACUAUUCGGGGAGGAACACCAAGACACAGCCGAAAGUUACUUUUCUAUCGGAGUAACACAACAUGCUUUAGGAAAUUUCUCGUCAGCACUUCAGUCCCAUCAGCGUGCUCUUGACAUAGGAGUUAAGCUCUUCGGGGAAGAACACCCAGACAUAGCCGAAAGUUACUUUUGUCUCGGAGUAACACAACAUGCUUUGGGCAGUUUCUCGUCAGCACUUCAGUCCAAACACCGUGCUCUUAACAUAAAAGUUAAACUCUUCGGGGAAGAACACCGACACACAGCCGAAAGUUACUUUUCUAUCCGAGUAACACAACAUGCUUUAGGAAAUUUCUCGUCAGCACUUCAGUCCCAUCAGCGUGCUCUUGACAUAAGAGUUAAACUCCUCGGCGAAGAACACCCAGACGCAGCCGAAAGUUACUUUUCUAUCGGAGUAACACAACAUGCUUUAGGAAAUUUCUCGUCAGCACUUCAGUCCCAUCAACGUGCUCUUGACAUAAGAGCUAAACUCUUCGGCGAAGAACACCCAGACACCGCCAAAAGUUACUUUUCUAUCGGAGUAACACAACAUGGUAUACGAAAUUUCUCGUCAGCACUUCAGUCCCAUCAGCAUGCUCUUGACAUAAGAAUUAAAUUCUUUGGGGAAGAACACCGACACACAGCCGAAAGUUACUUUUCUAUCGGAGUAACACAACAUGCUUUAGGAAAUUUCUCGUCAGCACUUCAGUCCCAUCAGCGUGCUCUUGACAUAACAGUUAAACUCUUCGGGGAAGAACACCGAGACACAGCCAAAAGUAACUUUUCUAUCGGAGUAACACAACAUGCUUUAGGAAAUUUCUCGUCAGCACUUCAGUCCCAUCAGCGUGCUCUUGACAUAAGAGUUAAACUCUUCGGCGAAGAACACCCAGACACCGCCAAAAGUUACUUUUCUAUCGGAGUAACACAACAUGGUUUACGAAAUUUCUCGUCAGCACUUCAGUCCAGUCAGCAUGCUCUUGACAUAAGAGUUAAACUCUUCGGGGAAGAACACCGAGACACAGCCGAAAGUUACUUUUCUAUCGGAGUAACACAACAUGCUUUAGGAUAUUUCUCGUCAGCACUUCAGUCCCACCAGCGUGCUCUUGACAUAAGAGUUAAACUCUUCGGCGAAGAACACCCAGACACAGCCAAAAGUUACUUUUCUAUCGGAGUAACACAACAUGCUUUCGGCAAUUUCUCCUCAGCACUUCAGUCCUGUCAGCGAGCUCUUGACAUAAGAGUUAAACUCUUCGGCGAAGAACACCCAGACACAGCCGAAAGUUACUUUUCUAUCGGAGGAACACAUCAUGCUUUAAGCAAUUUCUCGUCAGCACUUCAGUCCUGUCAGCUAGCUCUUGACAUAAGAGUUAAACUCUUCGGCGAAGAACACCCAGACACAGCCAAAAGUUACUUUUCUAUCGGAGUAACACAACAUGCUUUCGGCAAUUUCUUGUCAUCACUUCAGUCAAAACAGCGUGCUCUUGACAUAAGAGUUAAACUCUUCGGGGAAGAACACCGAGACACAGCCGAAAGUUACUUCUCUCUCGGAGUAACUCAACAUGCUUUAGGAAAUUUCUCGUCAGCACUUCAGUCCCAUCAGCGUGCUCUUGACAUAAGACUUAAACUCUUCGGCGAAGAACACCCAGACACAGCCAAAAGUUACUUUUCUAUCGGAGUAACACAACAUGCGUUUGGCAAUUUCUCGUCAGCACUUCAGUCCAAACAGCUUGCUCUUGACAUAAGAGUUAAACUCUUCGGGGAAGAACACCAAGACACAGCCGAAAGUUACUUUUCUAUCGGAGUAGCACAACAUGCUUUAGGAAAUUUUUCGUCAGCACUACAGUCCCAUCAGCGUGCUCUUCACAUAACAGUUAAACUCUUCGGAGAAGAACGCCGAGACACAGCCGAAAGUUACUUUUUUAUCGGAGUAACACAACAUGCUUUAGGAAAUUUCUCGUCAGCACUUCAGUCUCAUCAGCGUGCUCUUGACAUAAGAGUUAAACUCUUCGGCGAAGAACACCCAGACACAGCCGAAAGUUACUUUUCUAUCGGAGUAACACAACAUGCUUUAGGAAAUUUCCCGUCAGCACUUCAGUCCCAUCAGUGUGCUCUUGACAUAAGAGCUAAAGUCUUCGGCGAAGAACACCCAGACGCAGCCGAAAGUUACUUUUCUGUUGGAGUAACACAACAUGCUUUAGGAAUUUUGUCGUCCGCACUUCAGUCCCAUCAGCGUGCUCUUGACAUAAGAGUUAAACUCUUCGGGGAAGAACACCCAGACACAGCCGAAAUUUACUUUUCUAUUGGAGUAACACAACAUGCAUUAGGAAAUUUCUCGUCAGCACUUCAGUCCCAUCAGCGUGCUCUUGACAUAACAGUUAAACUCUUUGGAGAAGAACGCCGAGACACAGCCGAAAGUUACUUUUCUAUCGGAGUAACACAACAUGCUUUAGGAAAUUUCUCGUCAGCACUUCAGUCCCAUCAGCGUGCUCUUGACAUAAGAGUUAAACUCUUCGGCGAAGAACACCCAGACACAGCCGAAAGUUACUUUUCUAUCGGAGUAACACAACAUGCUUUAGGAAAUGUCUCUUCAGCACUUCAUUCCUGUCAGCGAGCUCUUGACAUAAGAGUUAAACUCUUCGGCGAAGAACACCCAGACACAGCCGAAAGUUACUUUUCUAUCGGAAGAACACAACAUGCUUUAGGCAAUUUCUCCUCAGCACUUCAGUCCUGUCAGCUAGCUCUUGAGAUAAGAGUUAAACUCUUCGGCGAGGAACACCCAGACACAGCCAAAAGUCACUUUUCUAUCGGAGUAACGCAACAUGCUUUCGGCAAUUUCUCGUCAGCACUUCAGUCCAAACAGCGUGCUCUUGACAUAAGAGUUAAACUCUUCGGGGAAGAACACCGAGACACAGCCAAAAGUUACUUUUCUAUCGGAGUAACACAACAUGCUUUAGGAAAUUUCUCGUCAGCACUUCAGUCCCAUCAGCGUGCUCUUGACAUAGGAGUUAAACUCUUCGGCGAAGAACACCCAGACACAGCCAAAAGUUACUUUUCUCUCGGAGAAACACAACAUGCGUUCGGCAAUUUCUCGUCAGCACUUCAGUCCAAACAGCGUGCUCUUGACAUAAGAGUUAAACUCUUCGGGGAAGAACACCGAGACACAGGCGAAAGUUACUUUUCUAUCGGAGUAACACAACACGCUUUAGGAAAUUUCUCGUCAGCACGUCAGUCCCAUCAGCGUGCUCUUGACGUAAGACUUAAACUCUUCGGCGAAGAACACCCAGACACAGCCGAAAGUUACUUUUCUAUCGGAGUAACACAACAUGCUUUAGGAAAUUUCUCGUCAGCACUUCAGUCCCAUCAGCGUGCUCUUGACAUAAGAGUUAAACUCUUCGGUGAAGAACACCCAGACACCGCCGAAAGUUACUUUUCUAUCGGAGUAACACAACAUGCUUUCGGAAAUUUCUCGUCAGCACUUUAGUCCAGACAGCAUGCUCUUGAUAUAAGAGUUAACCUCUUCGGGGAAGAACACCCAGACACAGCCGAAAGCUACUUUUGUCUCGGAGUAACACAACAUACUUUAGGCAAUUUCUCGUCGGCACUUCAGUCCCAUCGGCGUGCUCUUGACAUAAGAGUUAAACUCUUCAGCGAAGAAAACCCAGACACAGCCAAAAGUUACUCUUCUCUCGGAGUAACACAACAUGCUUUAGGAAAUUUUUCGUCAGCACUAAAGUCCCAUCAGCGUGCUCUUGACAUAAGAGUUAAACUCUUUGGGGAAGAACACCAAGACACAGCCGAAAGUUACUUUUAUCUCGGAGUAAAACAAGAUGCUUUAAGCAAUUUCUCGUAAGCACUUCAUUCCAAACAGCGUGCUCUUAACAUAAGAGUUAAACUCUUAGGCGAAGAACACCCAGACACAGCUAAAAGUUACUUUUCUAUCGGAGUAACAUAACAUGCUUUAGGAAAUUUCUAGUCAGCACUUCAGUCCCAUCAGUGUGCUCUUGACAUAAGAGUUAAACUCUUCAGAGAAGAACACCGAGACACAGCCGAAAGUUACUUUUGUAUCGGAGUAUAACAAGAUUCUUUAGGAAAUUUCUCGUCAGCACUUCAGUACGAACAGCGUGCUCUUGACAUAAGAGUUAAACUCCUCGGCGAAGAACACCCAGACGCAGGCGAAAGUUACUUUUCUAUCGGAGUAACACAACAUACUUUAGGAAAUUUCUCGUCAGCACAUCAGUCCCAUCAGUGUGCUCUUGACAUAAGAGUUAAACUCUUCCAAGAAGAACACCCAGACUCAGCCAAAAGCUACUUUUCUAUCGGAGUAAGACAACAUGCUUUAGGAAAUUUCUCGUCAGCACUUCAGUCCAAACAGCGUGCUCUUGACAUAAGAGUUAAACUCCUCGGCGAAGAACUCCCAGACGCAGCCGAAAGGUACUUUUCUAUCGGAGAAACACAACAUGCUUUAGGAAAUUUCUCGUCAGCACUUCAGUCCCAUCAGCGUGCUCUUGACAUAGGAGUUAAACUCUUCGGCGAAGAACACCCAGACACAGCCAAAUGUUACUUUUCUAUCGGAGUAACACAACAUGCUUUAGAAAAUUUCUCGUCAGCACUUCACUCCCAUAAGCUUGCUCUUGACAUAAGAGUUAAACUCUUCAGGGAAGAACACCAAAACACAGCCGAAAGUUACUUUUAUCUCGGAGUAAAACAAGAUGCUUUAAGCAAUUUCUCGUAA